CGGGAGCCGGCAGCGGGCGGCGGCACGGGCGGGACGGCGCCGCGGCCGCUGAGGUGAGGAAGGGGCAGGAGAACAGUGAGACCCAGAACAAAGCUCCCACCUUCCCUGCAGCCUCCCCUGGCCUCGAGCCACUCCCUGUGAGCUGACGUGCAGCAGGUACUCAAGGUGCCGAUGUGACACCCACCACUGGUUGCCAGGACCAUGGGGAAACUGCAGAGCAAAAUCAACUUCCACACCUCCAAAUACAGGGCCGACGGCUCCGUGGGACAGGCGGGACCCGCUGGUGCCUCCCGGCAGCACAGCCCCGCUCACACCGACGCUGUCACCUCUGUGGCUGCCCUCCAGCCAGACCUGUGUGUGUCAGGAGGAAGGGAUAAGAGCGUGGCUGUGUCCAGCUGGAGGUCCGGGGCUGCCCUGCGCCGCUUCACCGGCCACGAGCGUGAGGUCACCAAGGUCACCUCAGCCCUUGACUCCAGCAGAGUCUUCAGCGCAUCCCGGGACAAGACAGUGAUGAUGUGGGAGCUUCACGGGACUUCGGGGCCAAGCCAGCACUUCCCAGGACAUGACCUGGUUGUUACUGGACUGGCUGUGAGCCCAGACGCCUCCCAGCUGUGCACGGGCUCCCGGGACAACACCGUGUGCAAGUGGGACACCGAGACUGGGGAAUGUCUGGGCAGAGCUGCCAUCUCCAGGAAUCUGGUCACACACCUGUGCUGGGUUCCUGGGGAGCCUUAUGUCAUCCAGACCUCAGAGGAUAAAACCACCAGGGUGUGGGACAGCCGGGAGCUGCAGGUGGCCCACACGUUCCCAGCCAAGCAGCACAUCCAGACGUGCUGUGACGCCAGCCAGGACGGGCGGUACUGCCUGAGCAGCAGCAGCGGCUGCGCCGGCCACGGCGCCGAGGCCACCCUCUGGGACCUGAGGCAGACCAGGGGCCGAGUGUGUGAGUACAAGGGGCAUUUCCAGACCACCACCUCGUGUGUCUUCCUGCCCCGGGGCCCCACGCUCGCCCCCAGCAUUGCCACAUCGUCCAGCGACAGCACAGUGAAGGUCUGGGACCAAGGCACUGCAGCCUGCCUGGCCACGCUGUGCCUCGAGGGCUCGGGCCCGCUGGCCUCGCUGGCCGCCUGCGACAGCUCCACGCUGCUCUGCGCCAGCAGCUCCGGCAUCCACGUGCUCCGGGUGGGCGGCGGCGCCCAGCCCGCCCUGGAGGAGGUGGCGGCGUUCUGAGCACCAGAAUCUCCUGUCAGACACUGUCCUGGAGGAGGUGGCAGCGUUCUGAGCACCAGAAUCUCCUGUCAGACACUGUCUUGGAGGAGGUGGCGGCGUUCUGAGCACCAGAAUCUCCUGUCAGACACUGUCCUGGAGGAGGUGGCAGCGUUCUGAGCACCAGAAUCUCCUGUCAGACACUGUCCUGGAGGAGGUGGCAGCGUUCUGAGCACUGGAAUCUCCUGUCAGACACUGUCCUGGAGGAGGUGGCGGCGUUCUGAGCCCCGGAACCCCCAUCUCAGACUCCAGGGUCCCAGGAGGGGAUGUGACCCCCAAGAGCUGCCCUGACGGCGGGCAGCAGGGACUCUGUGCCUGUGGGGCAUCGCAGCAGGGCUGGGGCAGUUGCUGGUUGGUUUGUGGGUGGCAGGGAGGCAUCAGAGCUGUGCAGGAGAAAAGCCAAGCCCUGGGAACCUUCAGGCCAAGCUCCUGCUCCUGACUGAGCCUCCUGCAUUUUCCUUACAAAGGCUCCCUGGGCAGAGGGAGAUGAGACACCAGGACCAAGGAACAGAUACUUGAGCUGAGUAUCUGCUGAUCUGAGUAUCCAGGCUGAUCUGAGUAUCCAGGCUGAUCUGAGUAUCCAGGCUGAGCCCAGCUGGACCUGGGUUUGGACCAGAGGAGACUGCAAUGAAAUAAUUCUCCUGUGUUACUUGUUGGCCUCUCAUCCCAUCGUAUUUUCCCUGGAAGGAACUGUGCUCAUGUUCCCAAGGAACACAGAGCUCCUCUCCAGCUGACAACAGGGAGGUGAAUCUGUCAUUUCUUUAUUCUUGAAAGUUUUCAUCUGAGCUGGAGGGACCCACCAGGAUCACCCAGCCCAGCCCCUGUCCCUGCCCAGACCCCCCACCAACCCCACCCUGGGCAUCCCUGGCAGCGCUGGCCAAAGGCUCCUGGAGCUCUGGCAGCCUCGGGGCCGUGCCCAUUCCCUGGGGAGCCUGGGCAGUGCCAGCACCCUCUGGGGGAAGAGCCUUGCCCUGAGCUCCAGCCACUCCCUGGCUCCUGUCUCUGUCCUAGGGAGCAGGGAUCAGAGCUGCCCCUCAGGAGGAGCUGCAGACCCUGAUUAAUCUCCCCUCAGCCUCCCCUUCUCCAGGCUGAACAAACCCAAUGACCUCACCCCUCCUCAGCUGUUCUGUACACCAGCAGAAAUCAAACUGUGCAUUGUGAAAUUCCUGUAAUUUCUCCAUUCCUUGUGAGACCCAGAGCCCAGGAUACACACUCAAAACCUGUUUAGAUCUUCCAGGGCACAUUAUUUGCAAAACCUCAAUUUAAACAACAAACAAGUACAAAAGCUCUCCCCAGGGCAGGGCAGAACAAGCCAAUCCUACACUGAGUGACCUCACACAGCAAACCCUAAACUGAGAUGCUGAAAGGGAUUUGCAACACCCAGUCCAUGAGAUAACUCAUGGAGUAAGACACAAGGGGGUACCUGGAAAAGGAGAUUCCCUGGCCUUGGAUAUCUACUGUAAGUGAAUCCAGGGGGAUGCAGAUCUCCAUCCAGACACCCGUGUGGAGGCUGGGGAAGGAGGGCACCACGUGCCUCUCCCUCUGAGCUCUCUCACACACCUACCAAAAAGGAAGGUGAGAAGGGCAGUAACAGAAGCUGAACCACACACCAAACCUGAAAUGCUCUGUGGUUACUGCAAAUGUUUGGAGGACACCUGGGAGCUGAACUUGGAAGGGAGAGAAGUACAUGGAUCAAAAUUACAGCAGAAAGUGGUACCUGCAGUAUAAAAACAGUCCAAAAUGUGGGAAAACCCCCAAGACUUGACACCAACCAAGUCCAGGCCAACAGUGGUGCUUCAAACACACCCAAACUCCAGAGCAGCCAUGACUGCAGCUGCUGUAACACACUGGAUUCCUGGUUUUUUCUUUAAUAUAAAAAAGCAACCAAAAGUCAUUAACGUCCCCAUCCCAGUCCGUAACC